UUGUACAACUGUCUAUCUUUCUAUAUCAAGUCCCCUUAGACGAAUGGCUUCUAAAGAGAGAGAUCUCUCUGCAACUUCCUCAAGACCUCCUCAUCACAAACCAGCACAGCCGUCGAUUACUGAAUUCCCUUCUAAACCCUUCCUACCGCCGAUUCUUCCAAUCCCCACCCAGUAUCCUCCGGCCGAAACUCUUAUCACCGGCAGAUAUAUCUCCAAGAGAGAGAGGGAAGCUCUUACAACAUCUCCUAAAUCAACUUCACAUACCACAGUUUCCAUAUCGCCUGAAGAUGAAGAAAUCACUAAUGGCACGGUCCAAAUGAUUCUUCCAGUUUCUGUGAUUCAUCCAGAAGAAGGGAAAAUACAAUUAGAAGAGGGGCAGCUUGUCCAGAAUCAGUUAUUGUUGAUGCAGUUAAAAUUCAUGAAGAUGGAAAGCAAAAUGAGAAGGCUGCAAAUCUUGUGGAUGACCCUUGUACUGAUGUAGAAAUAGCUGCCUCAUCCUCUGGAGAGGUGAAAAUUUAUUUGAGUUGUAAUUCUGCUAUUAGAAGAUCUUAUUUCCAUAUGUCUAGUCUUGAUCAGGCUGUGCAGCAUGGCAUAACGAUCAACUUGCAGGUUUUUAUGACCCCGGAAGGCAGAGGAUGUGGCCUUCAAACAUUGCAGGACCUUCCAAAGGGGGCUUUUGUAUGUGAAUAUGUGGGCAAAAUCUUGACAAAUGAGGAGUUUUAUAAGCGAGCGUCAGCCAGAGCAAAUAGUGAAGAAGCACAUGCAUACCUUGUUUUGCUUGAUGCAGAUUGGUCAUGUGCAGAAAAACGUAUCUUAAAAGAUGAAAAAGCUCUAUGCUUGGAUUAUAGUCGUUAUGGGAACAUUUCAAGGUUUAUCUAUCAUAGAUGUUUCAAUCCCAGUCUGGUUGGGAUACCAGUGAAAGUGGAGACACCCAAUCAUACUUAUUAUCAUCUUGCUUUCUUCACGACAAGAGAAGUGAAAGCAUUCGAGGAAUUGACCUGGGAUUAUGGGAUUGAUUUUGAUGAUCACGAAGAUCAAACAAUCAAGGCCUUUAAGUGCGAAUGCGGCAGCAAGUACUGUCGAAAUAUUAGACGCAAGAGAACAAGUAUACUCCAUUUCAGAAGAAGUGGGAAAGCUGCAGAAUUGAAAUGAGAGGCUGCAAGGGGAGCACUAAGAGCUGUAGUAUGAUCUGGUACCGUGUUGUAUCUGAUGAUACUGAUGUAGAUUUGUAUUAAUUGUUAAGAACUACAUAUUGUAGAUAAAGUAGAAUGAGCCUUUAAUAUAAUUGGUAGUCAAUCUCCUAUUUGUUUGUAAGUAUAUUAGUUGUUUCUAUGAGAUAAUAUUAUAUUAAUAUGUCAAACUUGAAAUCUAGAAUGCAA